UCAUUACAACUCAAAUUGCACUCCGAUCAGUAGAUCGAGAAAGACACAUCCAACCCAAAACCAAAAAAAAAAAGACACACUCAACUUUGAUUUUUCUUCAUCAUUUAAACCAAAAAAAAAAGAAAAAAAUGGCUUUCUCAUUUCUCAAAACACUUCUCAUCAUAAUCUUCAUCUCACUCUCCUCUCCUUGUCUCUCUUCUAAUUUUUUGCCAUCUUCUCCGACCAUCUCUCCCUUCCAACAGCUUUCUCCGGAGAUUGCCCCUCUCCUCCCUUCCCCCGGUGACUCUCUUCCUUCUGACGACGGCGGCGGCACUAUCCCCUCUUCACCAAGCCCUCCUGAUCCCCACACUGAUGACGGCUCCUUCCCUGACCCUUUGGCCUUUGCUCCCUUCGCUUCUCCGCCGGUUUCUUCUCCUGCUUCUCAGUCGUCUCAUCCUCCCCUUGGAGUUUUUUUACUCCUCACCGUUAUCCUUUCCUCCGCCUUAGUGGCGUCGUAACACUACUAUAGAGUUCACUUCACUUUUAUAUAUACAUUAACGAACGUUUUGGUUUCCACGUGUUUGUCCAAAUGUAUAUCAUUCUCCAAUAAUUUCAAAUAUUGUUAAUUCUUCGUCAUUAAGCUCAUAACAAUAUGGUGUUAGACCA